AUGCCUGGAAAUGACAAACCUUUGGCAACUAUCAUAGAAGGCAAAUGGUAUUCUGUUGAAAAAAACGGUAGACCAACUCUGGAAUUAACCAGAACUCAGAAGAGGAGAGUUCCAAGCGAAUAUUGCACCUUCCUCAAGAACAAGGAUGACACACAGGUACUUCUAAGGACCAGUUCUGCCAUAAGAGGGAAAAGUCCGGAAAUAGCUCCCUAG